AUGGAAGAUGAGGCACUCAUCGUUUGUGUACAAGAUUACCCCAACAUCUACGAUCUAUCACACCCCAAAUACCACGACAAAAACGUGAAGUUGAACUGCUGGAAAGAGAUAGGCGAACGAUUUAACCAACCCGGUGACAAUUGUAAGUCCAGAUGGAAAUCAUUGCGGGAGUGCUACAGAAAAGCGUCACUAAAGAGAGAAACCAAGUCUGGUCAAGCAGCGAAAAAAUUGAUACCUUGGUGCUUGGAACAGCAGAUGGACAUUGUGAAGCAGUAUGUGAAUGUUCAGAGGGAACAAGAAAGUAACAUUUCCGACGACGAGUCUUUUAUAUGUGAAAGUAUCCCGGAACUAGAAAACAGUCAGGUUACCAAGACACCUUCGUUACCUGGACCUGAACCUGAGUCAGCCUCAAAUGAACCUGGAUCUGCCUCCGCUAACACCUGUGUCUGCCUCUUCAGAAGGCUUUAA